CCUACCAUAGUUAGGCUUGAAGGAGCAGCUCUACAAGCAUCUUCCAAAUUCCGCUGCCUUCCAGUCUUCGAUCCUAUCUAAAGCUAAUCCCAUCUCCGAAAAGGAUGGUCGGACCUUCACUUGACACCCUCAAGCCUACCACCAUCAAAUUUCUCUGUAGCUACGGCGGCAAAAUCCUUCCCCGUUAUCCCGAUGGGAAACUCCGGUAUCUUGGUGGCGAAACCCGGGUCCUCGCCGUUGACCGUUCCAUCUCAUUUUCUGAGCUGUUAUUGAAGCUCGGGGAAUUGUGCGGGACGUCUGUGAGUCUUCGUUGCCAAUUGCCUUCAGAGGACCUUGACGCUCUGGUAUCGAUCACGUCCGAUGAGGAUCUCGCUAACCUCAUCGAGGAAUACGACCGAGCAGCAUCUCCACCGUCGUCUCUGAAGAUCAGAGCUUUCCUAUCGCCGGCAAAAUCCGCCAAAAAAAUCAGUUCUCCUCUUCCUUCGUCGUCGUCCGCUUCAUCUUUAUCGUCGUCGUCGUCGUCGUCGUCGUCUCACAGUCCCACCGGUUCCGCAUCUAGAUUUCUGGUUCCGGUGGCCGAUAUGUACCCCCGCCAGAUCCCGGCGCCGGUAGCUUAUCAGAAAUCGGCCCCAAAGGUUCAUCCUCACUGUGCUUACCAUGCUCAUGGAAACCCUAGGCAGAUCUAUCUCAUCCACAACGGGAACCACUGGCAAUAACGCCAAACAGAUGGGACGAAAACCCCUGCGAAGAAGGCUAAGCAAAUCUAUAAAGAAAAAUACUACCCAGAAAAGGAAAACAACCUCAAAAAAAAAAAAAAAAGUUCUUUCCGCGUUGAGUUUCCUUUAUAUUACAUAUGUGUGUGUGUGAUGUAAUGGGACUGUAAGUUGCUCUUGAAUCCUACGCCAUUAAUGAAUUUUCAGUCCAAUUUCGUUAUGCCUCA